AUGCCACACCAGGAAGCGGGAGAAAUCAACAAUGGAAUUGGCAACGAGAGAAGCGUCCUUGCGAAACGAAUGGCCGAUGUCCCAGUAUUGCCUUUGUACGCUGACCUCCCCUCUGUACCUAACAUGCCCCAUGGGUGCACUUGGGGCCUGUGGGACAAGGAUGGUCAACAGGACGAACUCGGUACUUUGAAUCUUCUGACCCCCUCGACCAUUUUAGCAGCAAAGGAAGAGAUUCAAUACGGUAGGAGCAUUGCCAUCAACUGGUCACUCAACAACUGCGAGACACCUCACUCGAAUCGGAGAAAACCUGAUCAUCGAAUUAUGGAACUCCCUGAUUGGACGGGCCACGACGACGAGAUUGAGAUGAACACUCAAAGUGGAAGUCAGUGGGAUGGUUUUCGACACUGGGCUCAUCAGCCUUCAAGGACAUAUUACAAUGGUGUGUCACAUGCGGAUAUAACGGAUCCAAGUGCACCCAUUCGGAAUGGAAUUGAUCAGUGGUCGCGGCGAGGUGGCAUUGUCGGCCGAGGUGUUCUCUUAGACUACGCCAGAUGGGCACAGCAGCAAGGUAUUCAAUACUCCCCGAUUGAGCGUCACGCCAUCUCUGAAAAAGAUCUCGAAGCUGUGGCGGCUUGGCAGCGCACAACCUUCCAGCAAGGGGAUAUCCUUCUGAUAAGGUCGGGAUUCGUCAAAUGGUACAAAGAGGCGACUCCGGAUGCACGUCGAAGUGGGACGGUUGAAGGCUCAACCUGGGCGGGUGUCGAAGGCACCAACGAAUCAGUGGAAUGGAUAUGGAACAAGCACUUUGCAGCAGUCGCAGGGGAUGCGAAUGUUUUCGAGGCAUGGCCUGCAAAGGACGAAAGAUAUCGGCUGCAUGACAAUUUGAUAGCACUCUUCGGCAUGCCUAUAGGAGAGAUGUUUGACUUGGACGAGCUUUCAGCGGUUUGUCAAAAGCUCAAUAAAUGGAGCUUCUUCUUCACCAGCGCGCCUUUAAAUUUCCCUGGCGGCGUUGCGAGCCCCCCUAAUGCAAUCUGCAUUCUUUGA